AGGGCGUUUUUGAAAGGUGUUGCUAACUUUAAUGCCAAGCAUGGAUGCUUGAAGUGCACCUGUGUCGGUGAGCAUAAUUCUAGCUCGCGUACGGUUGUCUUCACUGAUUGCGAUGCACCGCUGAGGACAGACUCCUUAUUUCGACAAUUUGCGUACGGGAUAUAUCAUAAGGAAUCAUCCCCUUUCCUAGAUUUACUAUACAUAGACAUGAUAGAAGAUAUAAUAAUAUCGGAUCGGUUACAUUUAUUAGAUCUAGGAAUUAUGCGGAAACUUUUAAAAGGAUGGGUUUUAGGGCGGUUAGGGCAACCCAAAUGGUCUACUGCCAAGUGCAUCGCAUUUUUCAAAGCUCUGAAAGCGAUAAAAUUGUCUAACGAAAUACACCGUUCCUUCCGUAACAUUCAGGACAUAAAUUAUUGGAAGGCGUCGGAGUAUAGUUCCUUCUUGCACUAUGCUAGUGUAGGAGUUUUGAAGGACUACAUUGCUGACGACCAAUACAAGCAUUUUAUGUUAUUUUUUUGCGCAAUAACAAUUUUUUCUUCCAAUGCUUACAGAUCGUACUGGGAGUAUGGUGGGCAGCUUUUAAAAAGUUUUGUCACCCAAUUCCCUCAAAUUUAUGGGACUAGGUACAUGACUAGCAAUGUGCAUAAUCUGCUGCAUGUGGUUGAGGAGAUAAAAAAGUUUGGCCCUCUGAAUACUCUAUCUGCGUAUCCAUUUGAAAAUGAGCUUCAACAUUUAAAGCGCCUAUUGAGAAAUGGAUGGAAAAGCUUACAUCAAAUUGUAAAUCGAUUAUCUGAGCUUGAAGAUUUUCAAAGUCGAAUGAAUCAAGAUGCUGUUCCUUCGCAAGUCAAUUUGACAAAGCAUGGCAGUGAAGUAAUAAUCGAAUGUAAUGGAUUCAAGUUAAAAAAAAAGUUUCAAGACUCGUGGUUCCUCACGGUUGAAAAUCAGGUAGUACAGUAUAGCAGAGCUUUAUAUACAUCAAGUACAUCAGUGGUAAUCAUUGGAAAGCGUUUCAACGACCAUUCACAUUACUUUGAAGAACCUUGCAAUUCCACCGGGCUUAACAUCUGCCAUGUAAAUAUAAACAGUAAAAAUAUAAGUAAAAAUGUCGAGUGUCAUCCAGAGCAUAUAAAAUGCAAGUUAGUAUUAAAUAGAUUAGAUGUUGAAGGGAAUGCUGUACUAAUUCCUUUACUUCAUACUUUAAUGUAAUAGUUUAAGAUGUAAAUAUAAUUAGGUUAAACAUAUGUUUAGUUGUUAUGUAUUUUUGUUGCUUUAUUAUAUUAGGUGUAUGUUGAAAAUAAAACCGAAAUACGUAACCUGUAAUAGAUUUGAUUAAA